ACGACUUUUGGCGAAUGAUUUGGGAGCAAAGCGUAUCUUCAAUCGUAAUGCUGACCAAUCUUCGGGAGCUAGGAAAGAAAAAGUGUUAUCAGUACUGGCCUGAUGACUGUGAUCAGUACUCAGACAUCACAAUCACCAAUCACAAGACAGAAGUUUUUGCAGACUUCACCAUCCGGACUUUCUUUCUAUCAAAGGCUGGCUCACAAAAUCGACGUGUUCGACAAUUUCAUUUCACCGCCUGGCCUGAUAAAGGAGUUCCUGACCAUGCAACAGCCGUACUCUCAUUCAGACGAAAGGUGCUUGCAUUGUCUUCAAGCGACAACAGCAGACCAACAGUUGUCCAUUGCAGUGCUGGCGUUGGGAGGACUGGUACCUAUAUCAUGAUUGACGCAAUGCUACGUCAAGCGGAAGAGCAACAACAUGUWGACAUUCUCGAUUACCUAAGAACCAUAAGAAAUGAUAGGCCGUAUAUGGUUCAGACUGUUCAAAUGGAAAUCGGGUGAUUCUCAGUACAGAGAACGAUACCGAGAUCGGAGACUACAUCAAUUCUUCAGUUAUCGAGGCUUACAAGGAACGCAAGGGGGACUACAUCAAUGCUUCAUUUGUGGAUACUUACAGGGAACAUAAUGCUUUUAUAAUGACACAAGCUCCCAUGGAAAACACGAUAGCAGAUUUCUGGAGAAUGGUUAUGGACUACAAGAUCGGAACCAUCGUCAUGCUGAACAAUUCGGAAGAAGAACGUGAGGUGUUUCCUCAGUACUGGCCGYUACAUGAAGCUAAAACCUAUGACAGCAUCAAGGUUCGUUUGGUAGAAACUAAGCAUCUUGCUGGCAACAUCAUUCUAAGAAUUCUUAAAGUCUCGAACCGAAAGAAACAACUCACAGUAAAUCACUUCCAGCACUUGACUUGGGAAAACGAAUGCGUUCCAACAAAUCCACAGAGUGUAUUGACGCUGCUUCAUGAAGUACAAAAGUCACAGCAAAAGAGUGGGAAUUCACCAAUAGUCGUUCAGUGCAG